GGCCUUUGGUGAAUCCUUAUAUGGGAAAAACUUGUCAAAGUAUUCAUACUUUAUUUACUCAAAAAAAUAAAACAUGGCGUUGGUGAACAUAUUAAUAGUUUUGGCUCUUUGUUGGUUGGUCGCGGUCAAAGCUGGCCUUAACGAGGACUACCUACGCGAGCACAAUCGGUUGAGAAAGGAUCACGGCACUCCUGCGCUUAUUUUAGACGACUCCCUAUCUAAAGGGUGCGAGGAAUAUGCAAAAGAGUUAGCCGAAAAAGAGGUUAUGGCCCAUUCAACUGAUGGAGGCACAAAGUAUGGUGAAAACUUGUGCAUGCGGUCAGAAAAACCUUUACAAUGUGUUCAAGAUUGGUACGAUGAAAUAGAGGACUACAACUUUGAUAAUCCAGGGUUCUCUAUGGGUACUGGCCAUUUUACCGCCCUAGUUUGGAAGAGUGCAAAAAAACUAGGUAUCGGCCAGGCCAAAGAUAAACAAGGGCACUACUGGGUGGUAGGAAGAUAUUAUCCACCAGUGAAUGUUUAUGGGAAGUUUAAAGAAAAUGUUCCGAGGCCGCUCUCGCAGAGUGGGGGUGGUGGUGGACAAGGUCAAGGACAUGUUUCUAGUGACGACAACGAAGACAACUCUAAUAUGAUUCGAGUUAACACCAUUCUCAUCUUGAUUGCCUUGUGCCUUCUCUUCACGAAUUAA